AUGUAAUAUGAAUAAGCAAUCGCGUAAUGUGAAAAGGUUUUGAAGGAAGAGCCUUAACAUCUCCAUGCUCUAUAUAGAAAAAGUAAUCAUAAAUUUUAUAGAACAGGCUUUUCUUUAUAAGAUUUGAAUUAACAUUCAUAAGCAGUUUCGUGUAUUGAAAAAGCUUUAAGUGAAAAUUUUAAAUACUCUAUUGGUUACAUAUUAUAAGGUUGUUUAUUAUAUCUUAGUUUAAGGGUAUUCAUUAAAAAGUAUUGGUAAAUAAAAAGAUGCCAUUGAUUGUUAUGAUAAAGCAAUUUAAUUAGAUCCUUAUUAUGCAUAAGCUUAUACUAAUAAAGGUUAAUCAAGUUUUGAUUUUAUAGGCGCUUCUUUAGAUGAUCUUGGUUAAUAUAACGAUGCAAUUAAUUGCUAUAAUAAAGCAAUCUAAUUGGAUCCUAAUGAUGCAUAAGCAUAUUUUAAUAAAGGUUAAACAAUUUUUAUCAUUUCAUUAGGCAAUUCCUUAAAAAAUCUAAAAAAAUAUAACGAUGCAAUUAAUUGCUAUGAUAAAGCAAUAAAACUGGAUGUUAAUAAUGCAUCAGCCUAUAUUAAUAAAGGUUUAUAAAUUUUUUUGAUUUUAAUAGGCAAUUCCUUAAAAAGUCUUUUAAAAUAUAGUGAUGCGAUUAAUUGCUAUGAUAAAGCAAUUUAACUAGAUUCUAAUAAUGCAAAAGUAUAUAAUAAUAAAGGUUUAUAAAUUUUUUGAUUCAUAGGUGCUUCUUUAAUUGAUCUUUGUAAAUAUAACGAUGCCAUUGAUUGCUAUGAUAAAGCAAUUUAAUUAGAUCCUUAUUAUGCAAAAGCUUAUACUAAUAAAGGUUAAUCAAUAUUUUGAUCAUAUAGGUGCUUCCUUAGAUGCUCUUUGUAAAUAUAACGAUGCAAUUAAUUGCUAUGAUAAAGUAAUCUAAUUGGAUCCUAAUGAUGCAUAAGCGUAUUUUAAUAAAGGUUAAUCAUUUUUUCAUUUUAAUAGGUAAUUCCUUAUAUAAUCUAAAAUAAUAUAACGAUGCAAUUCAUUGCUAUGAUAAAGUAAUACAACUGGAUCCAAAUGAUGCAUCAUCUUAUAUUAGUAAAGGUUAAUUAAUUUCAUAUUUUAAUAGGCAAUUCUUUAUAAAAUCUAAAAAAAUAUAACGAUGCAAUUAAUUUCUAUGAUAAAGCAAUCGAACUGGAUACUAAUUGCUCAUAAGCAUAUAAUAAUAAAGGUUAAUCACUCUAUUCAUUUUAAUAGGUGUUUCCUUAAAAAGUUUAAAAAAAUAUAAAGAUGCAAUUAAUUGCUAUGAUAAAGCAAUCUAAUUAGAUCCUAAUUAUGCAUAAGCUUAUACUAAUAAAGGUUAAUCAUUUUUUCAUUUUAAUAGGUAAUUCCUUAUCAAAUCUAAAAAAAUAUAAAGAUGCAAUAAAUUGCUAUGAUAAAGCGAUCUAAUUGGAUCCUAAUUAUACAUAAGCUUAUAAUAAUAAAGGUUAAUAAUUAAUUACAUUUUUAUAGGAAAUUCUUUAUAAAGUCUUAAAAAAUAUGAUGAUGCAAUCAAAUGGUACGAUAAAGCAAUCUAAUUGGAUCCUAAUUAUGCAUCAGCUUAUAUUAAUAAAGGUUAAUCAAAUUAUUGAUUUAAUAGGCAAUUCCUUAUAAAAUCUAAAAUGUUAUAGUGAUGCAAUUAAUUUCUAUGAUAAAGCAAUUGAACUGGAUACUAAUUGCUCAUAAGCAUAUAAUAAUAAAGGUUAAUAGCUCUUUUCAUUUUGAUAGGUGUUUCCUUAAAAAAUUUAAGAAAGUAUAAAGAUUCAAUUAAUUGUUAUGAUAAAGCAAUUUAAUUAGAUCCUUAUUAUGCAUAAGCUUAUACUAAUAAAGGUUAAUCAAUAUUUUGAUUUUAUAGGUGCUUCUUUAGAUGAUCUUGGUUAAUAUAACGAUGCAAUUAAUUGCUAUAAUAAAGCAAUCUAAUUAGAUCCUAAAAAUGCAUCAGUCUAUAUUAAUAAAGGUUAAACAAUUUUUUUAUUUUAAUAGGCAAUUCUUUAUAAAGUCUUCAAAAAUAUAGCGAUGCAAUUAAUUGCUAUGAUAAAGCAAUCCAACUAGAUCCUAAUGAUGCAUCAGCCUAUACUAAUAAAGGUUAAUCAAAUUUUGAUUUUAUAGGCACUUCUCUAGAUGAUCUUGGUGAAUAUAACGAUGCAAUUGUUUGCUAUGAUAAAGCAAUCUAACUGAAUCCUAAAAAUGCAUCAGCCUAUAUUAAUAAAGGUUAAACAAUUUUUUUAUUUUAAUAGGCAAUUCCUUAUAAAAUCUACAAUGUUAUAGCGAUGCAAUUAAUUUCUAUAGUAAAGCAAUCUAAUUAGAUCCUCAUAAUUCAUUAGCUUAUUUUAAUUAAGGUCAGUAAAUUUUUUGAUUUUAAUAGGUAAUUCCUUAUAAAAUCUCAAAAAAUAUAAAGAUGCGAUUAAUUGUUAUGAUAAAGCAAUACAACUGGACCCUAAUUAUCCAUAAACUUAUAAUAAUAAAGGUUAUUCAAUUUAUUGAUUUUAAUAGGCAAUUCCUUAUAAAAUCUAAAAAAAUAUGACGAUGCAAUUAGUUGCUAUGAUUAAGCAAUUCAACUGGAUCCUAAUUAUGCAUAAGCUUACAAUAAUAAAGGUUAAUCAAUUUUUUGAUUUGAAUAGGUGCUUCCUUAUAAAAUUAAAAAAUAUAUAACGAUGCAAUUAAUUGCUAUGAUAAAAUAAUCAAACUGGAUCCUAAUUAUGCAUCAGCCAAUUUUAAAAAAGGUUAAUCAAUUUUUGAAUUUUAAUAGGUGCUUCCAUAGAUAAUCUUUAUAGCUAUAACGAUGCAAUUAGUUGUUAUGAUAAAGCAAUUUAACUAGAUCCUUAUUAUACAUUAGCCUAUAUUAAUAAAGGUUAAUCAUUUUUUUGAUUUGAAUAGGUGCUUACUUAGAUGAUCUUGGUAAAUAUAACGAUGCAAUUAAAUGCUAUGAUAAAGUAAUUCAACUAGAUCCAAAUUAUGCAUAAGCCUAUAUUAAUAAAGGUUAAACAAUUUUUUUAUUUUAAUAGGCAAUUCCUUAUAAAAUCUAAAAUAAUAUAACGAUGCAAUUAAUUGCUAUGAUAAAGCAAUUCAACUGGAUUCUAAUUAGGCAUCAGCCUAUAUUAAUAAAGGUUAAUCAAUUUUUUGAUUUUAAUAGGUGCUUCCUUAGAUGAUCUUUGUAAAUAUAAUGAUGCAAUUAAAUGCUAUGAUAAGGUAAUCUAAAUGAAUCCUAAUUAAGCAUUAUCCUAUAUGAAUAAAGGUUAAUCAAUUUUUUGAUUAUCAUAGGCAAUUUCUUAUAAAAUCUAAAAUAAUUUAAUGAUGCAAUUAAUUGCUAUGAUUAAGCAAUCCAACUGGAUCCUUAUUAUACAUCAGUCUAUAUUCACAAAGGUAAUCAAUUUUUCAUUUUAAUAGGUUAUUUACUAACUUAA